AUGCUGCAGACGCCCCCAGCCCUGCAGCCCAUGUCCCCGCCGAGCCCCGCAUGGCCCCAGCGCGACGAGGCGCCCGCGUGCGGCACUGCCACCGGCCUCCCGCCGGCCUCGUCCGACAGCGACUCCGGCUGCGCCCUGGAGGAGUAUCCGGAGCCGCCGGCCGAGGUGCCCGCGUGCCCGUCCGCCGACCGCAGCCGGCUCCGCGCCAGGGCGCUGCUGCAGCAGCUGCCCCCGCAGGACUGCGAUGAGCGCUACUGCCCCGGCUUGGCGGAGGAGGAGAGGCGGCAGCUGCAGGCGUUCAGCGCGCGGCGGCGGCGCGAGGCGCUGGGGCAGGGGCUGGCGUGCCCCGUGCCGGGCCCCUGUCACGGGUGUCCCUGCAAGCAGUGCGGCCGCCGGCUGAACCAAGGGGACCCGGGCGUCUCGGCCUCCCGCCUGGGCGGCCAGCUCUGGCACCCGUCCUGCUUCUGCUGCCACUUCUGCCACCAGCCCCUCGUGGAUCUCAUCUACUUCCAGCAGGAUGGUAGGAUCUACUGCGGGCGGCACCAUGCCGAGCUUUUCCGGCCCCGCUGCGCCUCCUGCGACCAGCUCAUCUUCCUGGAGGAGUGCGUGGAGGCGGAGGGCCGCCGCUGGCACCCCGAGCACUUCUGCUGCCUGGAGUGCGAGGCGCCGCUGCGCGGGCAGCGCUACGUGCUGGCGAGCGGCCGGCCCCACUGCGCCCGCUGCUACGAGAGCCUCUACGCGGAGCCGUGCCAGGCGUGCGGGGAGCCCAUCGGCGCGGACAGCGAGGAGGCGACGCACGAGGGGCUGCGCUGGCACGCGCGCGCCGCCUGCUUCUGCUGCAGCCGCUGCCGCGCGCCGCUGCGCGGGCGCCCGCUCACCGCGCGCCGCGGCCGCCUCUUCUGCUCCGAUGCCUGCAGCCGCCCGCGCGCCGCCGCCGACGGCACCGAUGGCGCCUCCGACUCCUCCGACUCGGCCUUCGCCUCGGCGCCGUCCCCCGACGCGACGCCCGCGGGGUGCAGGCAGCACGGGCCGGGGGCUGAGGCAGAGCUGCUGCCAGGACUGGCCCCGGUGCAUCCCGCCUUCCGGGGCACGGACAGCUGGGAGAGGAGCAGGGAUGCCUCGCGCACGGAGGGGCACCCGGCUGCAGGGAGCCCUGGCCCGAGGACAGCGCAGGGUGACGGGGACAUGGGUGUCCCAUCCCCGUCCUGCUGCAGCCUGAGGCCGGAGGACGCCGAGCUGCAGGACGGCACGGAAGAGGAAGACUCCUGGUGCCCAACCUGCUCUUCCUCCUCAGACUCGGACUCGGGAGAGGAGGGUUUCUUCUUCGGGAAGCCCAUCCCCAAGCCCGGCACGGGCUCGUUGGGCACAGAGUGCACGGGGCGGCCCGGGGGGCGCCCGGCGAAGCUGCGGGGCAGCAGCCGCCACUGCAGCGUGUCCUAG